AUGGCGCCUCAACCACUUGCCCCUACGACACCGGCGCUCCUGCCUGCGCUGGCGCCGGGCCGGUCUGCUGCUCCGGGCGGGCUCCUCUCGCCACCGCCACGGCCCCACCUGCGGCUGCCAUCGCCUCCGUGUUCCUCAGUGGCGCUGGAGCUGGUGGACGCUGACGCUGCCAUCAUGCCGUUGCCGCCGCCGUCGCCCAUGGAAGUCGUUGCUCCGCAUGGUCAUCUGGCGCAACAGAGGGGGCGGGCAGCGGAACAGCCAGGGCGUGCCACCCACCCGCGUCCUAGAAUUGCUCACGGGGCGGGGGUGGGGGAACGCCCCGUAAAAACCUGCCCAGGACGCGCACCGCCACUGAGCGAGGGCGUCGGUGGCAUGACGGCAGCCUCAGCGUCCAUCGGUUCCGGCACUGUGGAGGAACACGGCGGCAGCAGCCAGAGGUGGGGCCGUGACGGCGGAGAGAGGCGCCCGCCCGGCGCAGGAGACGGCAGCGGCGGUGGUGCAGGAGCGUCUGCGGCGAAGGUGCGAGUGACGGGGCCGGCCGGAGUGGCCGAGAGGUUCUAG